AUGCUGCCCACCGUCUCGAACAUUCCAAUCAUCGAUCUUGAGCCAGCGCGCACUGGAGGUCCGGAAGACGUAGCCAAGGUCGCCCACGAGGUGUAUCAGGCUUUUAAGCAUGUUGGAUUUGCCUAUAUUAAGAAUCAUGGAGUAGCUGAAGACCUGGUUGAUGAGGCAUUCACAUGGAGUUCGAAAUUCUUCGCCCUCCCUGACUCCGAGAAGAACAAAGCUCCCCACCCCCCAGAAGGUUGGUACCACCGCGGAUACAGCGGGAUCGGACGUGAAAAAGUCGUCCAGAUGGUCUUCGACUCCGACGGCAUCGCGGAGCGCCGCAAGAUCCCCGACGUAAAGGAGUCCUUCGAACUAGGAAACGAGAAUGACAAGCGGAUGCGCAAUAUCUGGAUCCCAGAGGAAUCCCUCCCAGGAUUUCGAGCCUUCUUUGCAAAAUUCUUCACUACGUGCUCCGGUCUUGAAACGCUUAUGCUGAGGCUAACGGCGAUUGGGAUGGGGCUCGACGAAGCAUUCUUCUUGGAUUACCAUAAAGACCGCACGAACCAGUGUCGCCUUCUGCACUAUCCGCCCGUUGAGGAAGAACUACUGAUACAUGGCAAGGCGGAGCGCAUCGCCGCACAUACGGACUUUGCCACAAUGACAAUCCUCUUCCAAGAUGCCGUCGGUGGGCUGGAGGUAGAGGAUAUACAUGAAAAGGGCAAAUUCAACCCUGCACCGUACAUCCCCGGCACGGCGGUGGUGAAUAUUGGUGACCUACUGAUGCGGUGGAGUAACCACGAGUUGAGGUCCACGAUGCACCGUGUACGCGCUCCGCCGCUCGUUAAUGCUGAUGAACUUGGUGAAGGGAAAGGGCAGGGUGGCGGUCAUGGCCGGAUGACGAAGCCCCGGUAUUCGAUUCCGUAUUUCAUCAGUCCAGAUAGGGAUUCCUUGAUUGAAUGUCUGCCGAACUGCCAUGGCGAGGGCAGGCCGAAAAUGUACGAGCCGAUUACUAGUAGUGACUAUAUUGCGAUGAGAAUGAACGCGACGUACUGA